GCUACGACAGCGACGCCCCCCGUCGUCCAAUCCCGGAAGCGCCGGACCCGGGUGGCCCCGCCCCAUGCCGCCCUUCACGGUGACGCCACACGCCACCGGAAACAGCAGGAUACCAUAAAAGGAAAAUACUCCCGCAUGCGCACUGGGCCCAGUUUUGUUUGAAGUGAACUGCUACUGCUGCUGCUUCUGGCCGGAGCCGCUCGGAGCUGCUCCUACAAAAGCUGCAAAGUGUCCAAAGCGUCAGAUUUUAGCGACGUAUUCUUCUCUCUCAGCGCCUCUAUGCAUCGCGGAGACGAUGUUGGGCCACCACUACCCAAACAACGACAAGUCGCAGCAACUCGUCAACUAUGUGGAGGAUUAUCUGGAAUGUGUGGAGUCGCUGCCUUUGGAUAUACAAAGAAAUGUUUCCCUGCUUCGGGAAAUUGAUGCAAAGUAUCAAGAGGUGCUAAAGGAGGUGGAUGAAGUGUUUGAGAAGUACAAAGGCGAGCAGGAUGCGGCCCAGAGGAAGCGCCUCCAGAUCCAGCUGCAGAGGGCGCUCAUCCUCAGCCAGGAGCUGGGCGACGAGAAGAUCCACGUGGUGACCCAGAUGACGGAGCUGGUGGAGAACCGCUCCCGGCAGAUGGACUCCCACUCCCUGUGCCUGCAGGAGCCCAGCGAGGCCGAGCGCCUCCCCCCGGAGCGCCGCUCCAGCGUCCACCAGGAGCUCCCGGCGCCCGAGCGCGCCUCCACCCGGCGGCCGCGGCGCCAGCGCAACAGCGAGAGCCGCGACUCCAGCCACGCGUCCGCCAACGGCUCCCUGGUGGACGACGCCGUGGAGGAGCUGUCCCUGCCGCCGCCCCGGGAGAAGAAGUCGAAGUCGGCGAAGAAGAAGAAGCGCAAGGCCAAGCAGGAGCGGGACGCCUCGCCCGUCGACUUCGCCAUCGACCCCAACGAGCCCACCUACUGCCUCUGCGAGCAGGUGUCCUACGGCGAGAUGAUCGGCUGCGACAACGACCAGUGCCCCAUCGAGUGGUUCCACUUCUCCUGCGUGGGGCUCACCUACAAGCCCAAGGGCAAGUGGUACUGCCCCAAGUGUCGAGGAGACAACGAAAAGACCAUGGACAAAAGCCUAGACAAGAACAGAAAAGAGCGCCGGUCCAGGUAGUGACCCUGGUCGGACUCGGGACUGGUCAGUGGUAGUUGAUACGAGUACUUGUGAUAUUGUAAGAGCACAAUCGAACACCAUUAGCAGCAGCAGCAGCGCUUAUUAUUAAUCAAGAAUGAGUUGUGAUUGAGCGUGUGCUGGUGGUUCCCACUGGUUCUAACUGUACCUCAGUCUGUCGGGAGUCCAGCUGCUCUAAAGGAUCAUCAUCAGCCUGAAGCUGCCAUUUCUUUUUCCUUCUUUCUUUCUUUCUUUUUUUUGUGAGACUUUUAUUUGGACGUUUAACAGAAGAAAAAAAAAACAAUGAAAGCAUCUUUUUGUUUACUGUCUUUUUAUCAAUCACGGUCGUCAAUUUCUUUUUUUUUUUUUUUUUUUAAAUUUCAGUUUUACUUUAUUGUACUAAACUCUUUAGUAAAAAUCGGUGUCUCUCUUUCUACGAUAAUGGCUCAUAGAGAAUAACUCACACAUGUAAUAUGUUUACAAGAAGAUGAAUGUUGACGGGACACUGGAAGAGGACGUCAUGUUUGUGUUUUCACUGGUUCACUAUUGUGUACAUUUCUUUCUUUUUUUUAUAUAUAUAUAAAUAUAUAUAUGGAUUAAAACUAAUUAUAGCCAUUCA